CCUAGUUAUCUCAAGUUCGUAGCAAAUGCCACUGCCUUCCCAUCAGAAGAAAACUAUGACUACGUUAUCGUUGGGGGAGGUACUGCUGGUUGUCCUUUGGCGGCUACGUUAUCGCAAUCCUACAAGGUUCUUCUCCUCGAACGCGGCGGAGUUCCCUACGGCAGACCAAGUUUGAUGACGCAGGAAGGCUUCUUGACCACACUCACAAACGUUGACGCGUUUGACUCUGCUUCCCAAUCCUUCAUCUCGGAAGAAGGUGUCCCUAACGCAAGAGGGCGAGUUCUUGGGGGAAGCAGCACGAUAAACGCCGGCUUCUACAGCAGAGCAGACCCAGAUUUCUACAAGUAUUCCGGAGCCAAUUGGGACCUAAGAGUGGUGAAUGAGUCCUACGAAUGGGUUGAGAGGGCUAUAGUCUUUAGACCGGAGCUUAGAAACUGGCAAUCAGCAGUUAGAGAUGGGCUGUUGGAGGCUGGGGUCGAUCCUUACAAUGGUUUCAGUUUGGAUCAUGAGGUGGGGACUAAGAUUGGAGGCUCUACCUUCGAUGGCAGAGGGAGGAGGCAUAGCGCUGCUGACCUUCUCAACUAUGCCAAUGCCAGCAACAUAAAUGUGGCCGUUUAUGCAAGCGUGGAGAGGGUGCUGCUAGCAUACAGCGGCCCGCGUGGAAGCUCGAGGUCUGCAAUUUCAGCCAUCGGUGUGGUGUAUCGAGAUCGGGUGGGGCAGUAUCAUCACGCCAUGGUGCGUGAGAAUGGGGAAGUGAUUCUCUCAGCUGGUGCCAUUGGGACUCCUCAGCUGCUGUUGUUGAGUGGGAUUGGCCCAAGGCCUUACCUUUCUUACUGGGGGAUUCCUGUGGCCUACCAUCUUCCAUAUGUAGGGCAGUAUCUCUAUGACAAUCCUCGGAAUGGGAUCUCAUUUGUGCCCCCGGUGCCACUGGAACACUCGCUGAUACAAGUGGUUGGCAUCACCGAGCUUGGAGCAUAUGUUGAGGCAGCCUCCAACGUUAUCCCAUUUGUAUCCCCUGCGCGUUCUGUCUUCAUCAGGGCACCCUCUGCGCCGCUGUACCUGACGGUGGCCACUCUCAUGGAGAAAAUCGUCGGGCCACAAUCUGUUGGGUAUCUGAGGCUGUCGUCGACAGAUGUAAGGAUGAACCCACUUGUGCGUUUCAACUACUUUUCAAGCCCUAUUGACAUGGAGAGGUGUGUGAACGGGACCCGCAAGAUUGGGGAUGUGCUGAGAACCCGUGCCAUGGCGGACUUCAGGUUUCGUGACUGGUACGGUGUUAGGAAUUUCAGGUUUGUCGGGCCCGCACUGCCCGUUGAUCAGUCUGAUUUCGAGCAGAUGGCGGAUUUCUGUCGACGAACUGUGAGCACCAUAUGGCAUUACCACGGCGGGUGCGUGGUGGGGAAAGUGGUGGAUGCUGACUACCGUGUCUACGGCAUCCGGUCACUGAGGAUCGUUGAUGGCUCAACCUUGACAAUCUCGCCAGGUACCAAUCCACAGGCCACUCUUAUGAUGCUUGGCAGAUAUGUCGGCCUCAAGUUAAUCAAAGAGCGAGAAGUACCAUCUGAGGUGAAGUCUGACUCUGGUGACCUGUAGUGUAACUGACCUGGAAGAAGAGAUACAGCAGCUAGCAGAACGAAACUAUUGGUGGUAUACAAGCAAUGAAGCAACUCAUGUGUCGUUCACUGCAAAAUGGAGAGAUUGGUAGAGGAAUAUGACUGAUGAAGUUGUACUUGGGAUGAUGAUGAUGGUCCAUCUCUCGUUGGAACUGCCAUUAGGGUUUCUUCUUUUCUUGGUAAGAAGCUUGUUUGAUUGAGUUUGACUUCCCAGCAAACUACAUGGCUAGUUGUUUCUGUAUAUGAUGAGUUUGAUUACAGCAACUAUGUUGAACCACAACUUUUUACCACAGU